AUGGCAGGGUACAGGGCGGAGGACGACUACGACUAUUUGUUCAAGGUGGUGCUGAUCGGGGAUUCCGGCGUGGGGAAGUCGAACCUGCUCUCGAGAUUCACCAGGAACGAGUUCAACCUCGAGUCCAAGUCCACCAUCGGGGUGGAGUUCGCCACCCGCAGCCUCAACGUCGACGGCAAGGUCAUUAAGGCCCAGAUUUGGGACACGGCCGGCCAGGAGAGGUAAAUAUGCGGCGGCGGAUGCCUCGUUCUCGGUUCCCGAGGUCCCCAUUUCCCUGUUUCUGUUCGUGAUUUGUUGUUUCCCCUCUUCCUCGUCCAACUGCUUGUCACAGAGCGAGAUGGAUAGCAUCGGUGAGUUGAGUUUUCCAGGGCAUCGAGCUUGUUUGGAUCUUGACCGACUUGAUCUGCCGACAUAUUUCUGUUGCCUCAGAUCCAGAGUCUUGCUGUCUCUUUCGUGCUUGCUUCUCUAUCCCCAUGCCUCAAUUCUCGAUCAUUCCCUCUUAGAUCUCCGCGUUAGAACCCUAGAUUGGUGAUUUCUUGAACACCGUGGCCGAUCUGUUGCAUGCCGUGUCACGACAUCCCUGGAUCCAUAAUUGUCUUACCAUUGAAAGUGCCGCGACACACUGCUUAGUCCAUACUCGCAGAUUCUACCUCAGAGGUGUUCGUCGGGGUGGGGAAAUCAAAAUCAUUCAGCUGUUCUUUCCGUUUCUACCUCUGUUCAUUCUUCUUUUCGUAACCUUGUUUUCACUUCUAUUGAAUGAUGUUCUUACGAUCAAAACCAAAUCUGAUUUUAUUUUCUUGGCGUAGAAACGAAUCACAGAAUAGAGAUUUCAAAACAUCAGAGUGACUUGGUUCAUUCGUCCCUAGGAGGGAUAAAUUCAUGGCAUUAAUGAUGGGAAAUUUUGAAGAAAAGCUCUUCUCCUGAAUCCCUAGCCUGUCUUCUCCAUACUCUCCCCCCUUCCUUCAAAUUCUCCUAGCGCUGAAAUCAAGUUUAUUUUUUGAUUAUUUUAGACUGUUUAUUUUUUGAUUAUUUUAGACUGUUUAUUUUUUGGAUUAUUUUAGACUGUUCUUCAUCCUGUGUGAUGGGCUUGCUGGAUCACCUUUGGAAUCAUCCUGACCAGGCGCCAGCCUCACUGAGAAAAUCCAUAUUAGUAGGCAUAAGCUGGUGAAUCGAUCGUGUGUAUGCUCAAUAGAUCGAUCAGGAAGUGAAACUCUCUGUAGCAGGGAAGCUGAUGAAAAGUUAUUUUUCACAUGAUGAGUUUGCUGAAUUAUUGUUUUUGAUGAUUUAUUCAUGAAUUAGAACCAAAGUCUGGGAAUGAAAAUCAGAAAUCAUGGGUACCCAUUUGUCUGGAUUACCACGAACGAUCGGCGAUGGCUUACAGGGGACUGAGAAACCCUAAAUCCCUCCUUCCUCCUGCUGUUGUCUCCCGAGUGCAGGUACAGGGCGAUAACCAGCGCGUACUACCGGGGCGCCGUGGGGGCGCUGCUGGUCUACGACGUGACCCGGAGAACGACCUUCGAGAAUGUGGAGCGGUGGCUGAAGGAGCUGAGAGACCACACAGACCCCAACAUUGUCGUAAUGCUCAUCGGCAACAAGUCGGACCUGCGCCAUCUGGUCGCCAUCCCCACUGACGACGGCCGAGAAUUCGCCGAGAAGGAGUCGCUCUACUUCAUGGAGACCUCCGCUCUGGAGGCCACCAAUGUGGAAUCAGCCUUUGCAGAGGUGCUCACCCAGAUCUACCGUAUCGUGAGCAAGAAGGCGGUGGAGACGGGCGAUGAUGCUGCCGCCGCUGCCUCGGCGCCUGGCAAGGGGGAGAAGAUCAACAUCAAGGACGAUGUCUCCGCCAUGAAGAGGCCCGGCUGCUGCUCUAAUUAG